UCAAAUGGGUUGUGUUGUUUUCUUAAUCUUGACGUGUUCUUUACAUGAUAUUAACAGACAUGGGAGAUAAAGAGAAAGGAAUCCAAGGUGAACCAGACAUGUCCAUGCAAGGCAGUUGCAACGAUGAGGUCACAACAACAAGAAGAAUGUUCCCUUGCCUCUUUUGUUCCAGAAAAUUUUGCAGUUCUCAAGCUUUAGGAGGCCAUCAAAAUGCCCACAAAAAGGAGAGAACAGCAGCAAGAAAGGCUCAGAGAGCUGCAGAGUACAGACUAUGCAGUUUAGCUUCAUCUCCCCAACCUCUUCGUCCUCCUCCACCAGCAUUAGUUUUGGCUCCAAACCCUUCCAUGUACAUCACUUCACUUUCAGCAAGCAUUGGCUAUUUCCCUUGUCAUCAUCAUUACUCUAAUCAGUUUGGACCCAAUGGUGCACCAAGGUUUGGUCCUGUUGUCUGCAACGUUGGUGGUUCUUCAUCUUCUUCUCCUUACCUAUAUGGAGAAGAUGAAGAGAGCAUCAAAAUGUGGCAGAGAAACUUAAAACGCCCCUUCAAUGGUGGAGUUUCAUCCAUUAAUUCUUUGGCUGAGAAUGAGAACCAACGCCUUGAGAUGGGUGAUAAGGAUGAUGAUGAUGAGGAAAAGAAGCUUGAUCUGACUUUGCAUUUAUAAACAUUGAAGAAACAGAGACUCACUCAUGUCAAGAAGAAGAGUAAGAAAUGAAUGAAUCUUAAAUUCUUCUGUUGCAGAUAGACUUCAUCUUCACUGUAUUUCUUCUCUCAUUU